CGCGCUGUUCACACCAAAACGCACAGAGAGAGCGUGAGAGAGAGACGGAGAGAGAGAGGAGGAUGUUGAACUGUAGUGUGACUGUACAUUUAUUGGGGCUAUAUUACCAGCUACGCACAGCUACGCACAUGGGGCUUUUGAAAGCCGGUUUUCUUAAGAAUAAAACAACUUUUUUGGGGGGGCGCGUGAAAGUUGAAGGCGGGUUUCCUGGUUGUCCUCAAACGCAGACAUCCUCGCUGAAGAUUUGAAAGGUGCCUGAGUUGCCUCUGAAGGAAAGCGUAGAUGUGCGUUUAAUUUUUGUUUUUAUUUCUUCAGUCUGGACUUUAAUUUCUGCCCCGAAAGACUCUGAAAAGCUCCGGCUCGUUACACAGCAACAAUUGCGGAUGAACUCACCGGACAAACUGGGAUAAUAUUUCCUCAAAGAGCCUAGAGUUUGGAGGCUGGAUGAGCAGCUCCGGGUGAACUACUGUUAAAUGGAUCCUCUGUGUGUUUGGACACUGAAGCUGGCUUUUGUCAGUGAGUAGGACAGUGUUGGGAGCUGUCCAUCACUCCCAUAGCCGGUGGAGCGGACUUGAGCGCAGUCUUUACCUAUUUUUGCCCUCUCUGUGAAUUAGAGGUUUUGCGCGACCGCUGUGGAUGUUUUAAUAUGCAAGGAUGGGUCCGCUAGCGUUCAUCCUUGUUAGUGGAUUACUGUACUUUCAAGCUGAUGGAUCCCGUCUGCGCCAGGAGGACUCCCCGCCCCGGAUUGUGGAGCACCCCUCUGACCUGAUCGUAUCCAAAGGGGAGCCUGCCACUCUCAACUGUAAAGCGGAGGGGCGACCCACCCCGACAGUGGAGUGGUACAAGGACGGGGAGCGGGUGGAAACGGACAAAGAUGACCCACGUUCGCACCGCAUGCUGCUUCCGACCGGGUCGCUUUUCUUCCUGCGCAUUGUUCACGGACGACGGAGCAAACCCGACGAGGGAGCCUAUGUCUGUGUGGCCCGGAACUACCUGGGAGAAGCCGUCAGCCGUAAUGCAUCCCUGGAAGUAGCAUGUGAGUCGUGACGUCGUAUCUUUUUUCUUUUC